UCUAUCGUUACCUCAAACUCUGUCUUCCUAUACUCUCUCAUCUCUGUAAUUGUUCAAUCAAAGAAGAGAAGAGAAAAAAAUAAUAAUAAUAAUAAGAGAAUAUUCAAAAGAAAGAAGAAAAAGAGAAUUUUGAAAAUGGGGAAACUUCUCUGCGAUUCAACGACCGUUACGGAGACAUUUCAAACGUCAUCUCCGACGGUCCCUUGGGGGGAACAUAACGCAGCGACUCUUGAAACCGUUGAUCUAGUUGACCAGGCCAUCACGGCGAUGGCCGCCGCCCCCUGGGAGGAAGUGAUUGGCCUUGAGGACCCGCAGAGACGGCAUCUAACAAAGCUUCACGCCAAGGGUGUGCUGUGGAACCACCCGAAGGUGCACGGUUCCUCCGUGGUGUUCCGGCUGUCUCAUGGAGGUGAUGUGUCGACGGAUGGGAACUGCCUGUUCACAGCCUCACAAAGGGCGAUGGCGCGUGACGUAGACGCGCUGGAUCUGAGGAGGCGCACAGUGAAGCGGUUCUUGCUGGAUCUUGGAUCUGCUAAUGAAGAAGAGAGGCAGGUGAUAAAUGACGCGAUUAGGAAUAUGUACUCGCCGGAUCUGAGGAACGGAUGGGGGGUUCAUGUGGUUCAGGAAGUUAAGUUGUUAGCCAAGAAGGAAGAGCGUGUUGCCUUGGACUUUGCCAUUGACGAGCUCGUCCAGCUCGGAAUGCAAAGAGAAUUGGUAGCUGAAUCUAUUUACAAAGAGAGAUGUGUUCCUGUGAAUGAUGGCUCGAGCUGGGCCAAAUACAUGUCCAUUUCUGGUUCACCUGAUGAUGAAUAUGAUAUCAUCACUUUACAAUAUACUGAGGAGGGUUUGUUAUCUGUAGAUGAGAAUAGAGAAGGUCAUACUGCAGCAUUCGGAGAUGACAUUGCCAUUGAAUGUCUUGCAACAGAGUUCAAGCGAGAGAUAUAUGUAUUACAGGUGCAAGCACAUGGAUCAGAUGCUAUGGUUGAUGAAGACAAUUGUGUUUUCUUCCUUCCGCAUCAUCCGAGGAGUGAAAUUUGUGAACCUCCCUUCUUUCUUUUCAUGAAAGGAACAGGUUGGUGUGGUGCUGGCGCUGAUCAUUAUGAACCAUUGAUUGCCCAUGCUUCUUCACUUAUUCCUCCUGAGAAAGUUGCUCUCAUACUCUGAGGGCCAGCAGUUUUGUGGCUCAGAGAUUAAAUAGAAUUAGUUAAUUUUUUUCCCCAUUGUUUGGCAUGCAAUGUAGUUUCUCAAAAUGGUUUUCUAGGAGAAUAUCAUUGCAUAGCAUUCUUUUUUUUUUUUUUUUGUUAACGUUAACUAGAAUUGGUUAUCCCCUGACAUCUAGUGUGCAGGCUUGAUGCCUGCACUUUGAGCCAGCCUUAGUGUUUGUUUGGUAGUGGUUUUGCCGGCUUCUUUUCUUGUGGUUGAGUUAGUGACGGAGCUUGUAGCGUUAGGUGCCAUUUCGUCCAUCCUUGUUGUAUCUUACCUUUGUCCAUUCAAAGAUCGAGAUGACCUGUUUUCGUCUGUCCAGCUUUUAUCUCGUCUGGUUUUUUCGUUCUUUUUGGAUCCAUCAUCAAGCCCCGCAACACUUGACUAUUAUUUUGCACGCAAGUACACCAUGUUCUGACGAAAUAAUAAGGCCUUUAAGUGAUGUUGAUUAACUCUUGUAAUUUAACAUGCUCCAAAAAUUUUUUCAUUUCAAUUGGCAAUAAUUUUAGUCGGGCCUUUAAAAUGGAGAAAUGGAUUUGUAUUUAGGUUUGUUUGUUUUGCACAUAUUAAGUUUCAUAAACUUUUACUUUUUAGUGUCUUUUGUCAUUAAAAAAUGUUGUCAACCGAAAAUGAACUUAACAACUUGAAAAUAGCCUUUCUUUUCCCAAAAAAAGAUGAGAUAAUUUUUGGAAAUGACUUCAUGGAUUGAGCUGGU